AUGGCUCAACGUGUUACUUACAGAAGAAGAAAUCCAUACAACACCAGAUCUAACAAAAUCAAGGUUGUUAAGACCCCAGGUGGUGUUUUGCGUGCUCAACACGUCAAGAAGUUAGCUACCAGACCAAAGUGUGGUGAUUGUGGUCACGCUUUACAAGGUAUUGCUACCUUGAGACCAAGACAAUACGCUUCUAUCUCUAAGACUCAAAAGACUGUUUCUAGAGCUUACGGUGGUUCCAGAUGUGCUAACUGUGUCAAGGAAAGAAUUGUCAGAGCUUUCUUGAUCGAAGAACAAAAGAUCGUCAAGAGAGUUGUCAAGGAACAAACUGAAUUGGCCAAGAAGGAUUCUAAGAAGACCAAGAAAUCCAAGAACUAA